AAAAAUAUAUACCUUCUUUCCGAAAAAUCUUGGAUACGAUAUCGUAUCUUAUCGAGAUGCUUCUAUGAGUAAUUCUGUGUCUGCCUUCUUGAAGAAGAAAAAGAAACCCAUAUAAACCCGAAACUUCCUGAGAUUAAUAAAAUUCCAAAAACCAGCACGUGCGAGCGAUCUCCAGACACUUCAAGAAAUUUCAUUUCUCCCCAAUUUCUUAAACCUAAAAUUCAAUCCCAAACAUUCUCAAAAAGAGAAUUCAAUCCCAAACAAUUUAUCGAAAACUUUCUUGAAACAACGAGAAAUUCUCCGAUUCGUUGCGAAGAUGUGGGGCCAGCAUAAGGAUGACGUGGAAUCGGGCCGCCAGCCGCUCUACCCGAUGAUGGUGGAGAGCCCGGAACUCCGGUGGUCGUUCAUUCGAAAAAUCUAUUCGAUCGUCAGUAUUCAGCUGCUUCUCACCAUCGCCGUCUCCGCCGUUGUCAUCACUGUCCACCCAAUUUCGGAUUUCUUUACCACGACUAACGCCGGGGUGGUGCUCUACGUUUUUCUCGUUAUCACACCUUUUAUUGUGCUUUGCCCGCUAUAUUCAUAUUACCGGAGCCAUCCGUUGAAUUAUAUACUGCUCGCGCUGUUCACGGUGUCGCUCGCCUUCGCGGUCGGACUCUCUUGUUCUUACACCAAUGGGAAAGUUAUUCUGGAAGCUUUUGUCUUGACUGCAGUCGUGGUCGUCAGUCUAACUCUCUACACCUUCUGGGCUGCAAAAAGAGGUCAUGAUUUCAAUUUCCUUGGACCUUUCCUGUUCGGAGCUGUCGUUAUUCUUAUGCUGUUUGGAAUAAUUCAGAUAUUUUUCCCAAUGGGCAAGAUAAGCACAAUGAUCUACGGCUGUGUUGGAUCUAUAAUAUUUUGUGGAUACAUAGUCUAUGACACCGAUAAUCUGAUCAAGCGGUAUGGGUAUGAUGAAUAUAUCUGGGCUUCUAUCGCACUGUAUCUAGAUGUCAUCAAUCUCUUCCUAUCUCUACUGACUGUGUUCAGAGCUGCAGAUUCGUAAGAGGAAAAAAUGAUGUGGCGUGCCAAAUUUGACGAAGCACCAUCCCUACCUACGACACCUUACGUCGAGAAUUCAAGAUUCAAAUGAUGAUAUUGAUAUAUUUUGAAAAUAUACACGGCGUUGAAAUUCUGAUAUACCGAAAAAUAAUCAUAAGAUCUCCGAGUAUAACAGAAGUGGGGCUGUACGGUACCAGCGAAAUAAGGUGUGUAUUAGAAAUUCAACAAGUGGUUUGAAUAAGUAUCAUUUAAUUUUAUUUCAA